AUGGCCAUGGGGCACAGCCUCGCUGUGGGGCACAUCCUGGCCACGGGCCACACGGUUGGCGGGUGGCGGCUGGAGGGGCGGCGGUGGCGGCGCACUGAGCCGGCCGUGGUGCUCCGCGCCCUCUACAACUACGCGUACCGUGCCGAGGACGGGCGACACGUGGCCAUGGCUGCUGGCGAGCAGUUCCUGCUGCUCCACAAAGCCAACGAGGACUGGUGGCAGGUGAGACGGGCCAGCGAGCCCCGCUGGGCUCGGCCCUUCUUCGUCCCUGCUACCUACGUGGCUGAGCUGGACCCUGGUGAUGCCGGGAGACAGAGCACGCUGCCCCCCAGCCAGCCUGCGGGCACAGGCCUGCCACCGCAGUGCCACUCACUGGAGGACCUGUGUGGGCCCCCCCCGGCCCCACCCCAGGAGGCCAGGCUGACCCCCACCCGCUCCAUGAGCCGCUGCGUCAGCACCAGCCAGCUGGCAGAGGGGGCCCUGCCCGUCCCCCCCCCAGCCCUGCCGCGGUGCCAGUCCCAGCAGGAGCUGCUGGCCCAGGGCACUGGGGUGCCCCCCCUGGGAGCCACCAUGAUCUACUGCAACCUGGAAGAGCUGCAGCGGGCGGGGGGCCAGGCUGAGCCCCCAGUGCCAGCCGGACCCCCCCUCCAGGUUUUGGGGGCCUGGGAGCGCCACCUGGACCCCAGCAGCGGUCGCUGCUUCUUCUAUAACCCCCAGACGGGCACGACCUCCUGGAAGCCCCCCCGGCGGCACCGGGAGGCGGUGGGCAUGGGGGGCAGCAGGGGGGAGUACUGGGGUGAGCCACGGCCGGACCCUCGCCCACCACAGCCUGGAGGACCGGACAGCGGCCCCCCAGCCCCCCCUGGCCCCGGUCGAGCCCCCGCCCUGCGCCCCCGCCCUGCCCACCGUGAGUUACCCCGGGCCGGGUGGCGCUGGGGGGGCCGAGGGGGCCGAGGGGCGCUGGGGGGGCCGGGGGCAGCACUGACCCUGUCCUCGCAGGAGGUGCAGAAGGCCGGGCAGCUCAACAGGACCAAGAUCGCUGAGGGGGGAAGGAAGCUCAGGAAGAGCUGGGGGGUCUCCUGGGUGGUGCUGGCCGGGAACAGCCUCAUCUUCUACAAGGAGCCCAAGGGGCCGGCACCCACUGCCUGGUGCCCUGCUAGCAGCCGCCCCGAGAGCAGCGUGGACUUGCGGGGGGCUGCCCUGGAUUGGGCCCGUGACCUCUCCAGCAAGAAGAAUGUCAUCCACCUCCGCACUGUGACGGGUAAUGAGUUCCUGCUGCAGUCGGACCAAGAGGCCACCAUCCAGGAGUGGGCCCGGGCCAUCCGGGGGGUCAUCCGCCGGCUGGACCUGGAGAACCCCGUGGACGUGCCUGUGGGGUGGCUCCGCCGGGGGGACUUUGGGGAUCUGGUGGAGCUUAGCGGGGAAGAGGACGAGGUGCCACAGGUCACUGCGGGGGCCGGGGCUCCAGGUGCCCCCCAUGCCCCCGACGCCUCGGAGAAGAAGCGGGUGAAGAGCAAGCUGAGGCGCUUCAUUGUCAAGCGGCCCCCGCUCCAGAGCCUGCAGGAGAAGGGGCUCAUUCGAGACCAGGUGUUUGGGUGCCGCCUGGAUGCCCUGUGCCAGCGGGAGAGCACCACAGUGCCCCGCUUCGUCCGGCUCUGCGUGGAGGCUGUUGAGGAGAGAGGCCUUGAUGUUGAUGGGAUCUACCGGGUCAACGGGAACCUGUCCGUGAUCCAGAAGCUGCGUUUUGCUGUGGACCGGGAGCGAGCCGUGACCUCGGACGGGCGCUAUGUCUUCCCCGAGCAGCUGUGCCAAGAGGAGCGGCUCAGCCUGGCAGACCCCGAGUGGAGCGAUGUCCACGUGGUGACUGGUGCCCUCAAGCUCUUCUUCCGGGAGCUGCCCGAGCCCCUAGUGCCCUACGGGCUCUUUGACUCCUUCAUUGAAGCUGUCAAGCUGCCGGACCCCCAGGAGCAGGUGGAGCGGGUGGCUGAGCUGGUGCAGAGCCUGCCCCCCCCCAACUAUGCCACCCUGCGCUACCUUCUGGCUCACCUCUGCCGGGUGAUGGAGCGGGUGGAUGUCAACCGCAUGACACGACAGAACAUCGGCAUCGUGUUCGGGCCGACGCUGCUGCGGCCAGAGCGCGAGCCAGGCAGCCUGGCGGCGGGCAUGGCCCAGCAGAACCAGGCCGUGGAGCUGCUGCUGGCACACUUUGACCGCAUCUUCCCUGCACCCCCCUGA